AUGAUUUUGAUCUCUCGAAAGUUGACAAGAGUUGUCUGUUCCUCUCUUUACCACUCGAGAGCAGCGAAACUCCCAACCCAGAAAUGGGUAAUCUCGCAGCAAAUCUGCUUAUAUUCGGCUAAAGCAUCGGUGAAACCGCCGGAUGUUGCGGAGGAGAUAGAACUGGCUCGGCCGAAGACGAUUGAUAACGACGGAGAAACAGCGAACUGGGUGAAUCUGACUGGAUUCGUUGAUCAGCCCGUCCAAUUCCAGUCUUCUUCCGAAGGAAUCUGGGCAGGAACCAUUAUUUCUCAACGUUCCACUUCAAAAUCAUCUAAUUUCUGGAUUCCAAUUAUAUUCGAGGGUAAUCUAGCUAAAAUUGCAGCUCACCAUGUAAAGAAAGAUGACCGGAUUCGUGUUUCCGGGAGGCUGUUUAUUGAUUCACCUCCUCAGAAUGUGACGUAUCCUCAUUCCAGUGUCCAGAUUGUGGUUCAAGAUCUCAACUUUGAACAAGCUACAAUCUCAUUACCUGAAGAAGAAGCAGAAAUCAGCACCGAGAAUCAGCCUUCGAGAUCCAAGAAAGUUGAAGUCAUGGAUGAAGCUACGAUCUCAUUACCUGAUGAAGAAGAAAUCACCAUCGUGAAUCUGCCUUCGAGAUCCAAGAAAGGUAAAGCCACAGAUGAAGAAACCUCUAAUGCUUGGAAGAAUCUACUUGAAAAUCCUAAAGGCUGGCUGGAUUACCGUGGGACUAAAGCCAGCGGAUUGGUGAAACCAAAGCAUCCCGACUUUAAGGGCACAAAUGGUGGUCUUUCUUUGUGGCUUUGCAGCGCUCCUGAUUGGGUUUUACCAAAACUCAAUGGGCUUGAGUUUCAUGGUCUAGUCCCUAAAGGAAAACUAAAACAACUUAAAGGAGAGGAGUCUUGGAAGGACUUGGUACAGAACACGGAUAAAUGGUUUGAUAACAGAUCAACAAAGACAAACCCGAAAGCCCCUGACUUCAAGCAUAAAGAGACUGGUGAAGCACUUUGGAUGACCGACUCUCCUCCUUGGGUACUAUCAAAGUUGCCACCUCCAACGAAAAACCAAGAACAACCUCUCAUGGCCACUACUGUCUCGCAGUCAAUAUCGAAACCACAUAAAGAUGAGGAAUUUUGGAAGGACUUGGUUCAGAACCCGGGUAAAUGGUGGGAUAACAGAUUAAAGAAGAUAAACGCGAAAUCCCCUGACUUCAAGCAUAAAGAAACUGGUCAAGCACUGUGGUUGAAUGGCUCUCCUCCUUGGGUACUGUCAAAAUUACCGCCUCUAAAGAAUAACGAAGAAGGACCUAUCAUAGUCAAUAUGCCCAAUUCUGUCUCACAGCCAAUAUCGAAACCACAUAAAAACGAGGAAUUUUGGAUGGACUUGGUUCAGAACCCAAGUAAAUGGUGGGAUAACAGAGCAAACAAGACAAACCCGAAAGCCCCUGACUUCAAGCAUAAAGAGACUGGUGAAGUACUGUGGAUGACCGGCUCUCCUAGCUGGGUACAGUCAGAGUUGUUACCACCUCUAAAGAACCACCAAGAACAACCCUUCAUGGCCAAAACUGUCUCGCAGCCAAUAUUGAAACCACUUAAAAAAGAGGAAUCGUGGAAGGACUUGGUUGAGAAUCCAGAUAAAUGGUGGGAUAACAGAUCAAAGAAGAUGAACGCGAAAUGCCCUGACUUCAAGCAUAAGGACACUGGUGAAGCACUGUGGUUGAAUGGCUCUCCUCCUUGGGUACUGUCAAAAUUACCGCCUCCAAAGACGAGUCAAGAGAGACCUGCCAUGGCCUAUGUUCUGCAGCCUUUCUGA